AUGGUCCAGACAAAGAACAUACGUGAAAUCUCGCACACUAUCGAGUCCCUUCUCGUUCUCGACUGCUUCAUCCUACAACUGCUGAAAAUUUACAACACUCUAGAUCUCACCAAAGACGCAUCGAAGCGUGAGGAGGCGUCCCAAUUCGGUUCUGUAGAGGGAUCGAACAUACCACGACCGGUAACAGACAGGGUGAAGAGGUUGGUGAACAACGAGAGCCGCGGCGUUUGGCAUCCUGAUAAGGACAUGCGUGAGCACGCGGCACCCGAUGCACCAAUUGUGUCGCCUGAAAGAGAAGGCGAAGUAUCAAGGCUGGGCUUCUCGAAGUGUCCGCGCGAUCUACCUCUGUCAACUGGUCUGAAGGAAAAUGCAACUGUCGCAAAGGCAGUCUCGAACGGAUUUUCCAGUGAAAAAUCUGUUGCACAGCAUAGUAUGACACAUAGCAAGACCAAAACGCUCGUGAUUGAAUUUUUUCGGCAGCGCCGGAAGAAGUAUGCCCGUCAGUGGCAUCGGACGCCCCACAAAAUCGGGCACGAAUAUUUCGUAAAGGCAUCGCAAACCUAA